AUGGUAUGUACACCUCCUACUCUUCUUCUUAUUGGUUUUCAUUACCUGAACUACAAGGCUUUCCUGGCCUGGGAUUGGCUCAUGUGUUCACCGUGUGUGUAUACAUAUAUCUGCAUCUACAUCAGAGCACAGCAGGUUUCGUUUUAUAGCAUCUGGGGAACAAUAGGUCUCUAGGAUAUAAGCUUUUAUAAACACUGAGGGCUAAAGCUUCACUCACUCAGUGCUUGAGUUGGACUUAGAGAAAGUAAGAUGGAGGAAAUGACAGCAGAGGAUCAGACAGAGGAGAAAACUGGGACUAGUUUAUUUCACCAGGUUAUGGCACAGAGGAAGGAUCUGGAAGAAGAUAUGAGGAUCGUGCUACAGCGGCUGAUAGUGGUUUCUCGGCUCCCCCACGAUCUUGCUGACAGGAAAGAACUGGGAGGUCAUUACGGAAAACUCAGCUUCCAGAUAUGUAAACAGCAUAUAUGGGAUCCUAUGACGGGCCUGCUGCUAAUUUAUCCAUCCUGUCUGCUGCAUGUCGUUGAAUCAUCUAGGGACGUUCUGCUUUCUGUUUUGAAAGACCUGAACGACAUUCAACAACAGCCAGACGGAGCGUUGGUGGAAGCUUCCAAGGUUGUGUUUGUGGUACAUAACCCUCAAAGCCGGCUGUUCCAACAGUGGAGCUACAAGGUGCUCGGUGCAGAUCGGGGGCCCGGGGACUCUGGGACUAAGGGACUGGAGGAAGAGGAAGAGAGCACGGAGACUCUGGUUUGUACGGUCCUGUCAGUGCUGCAGAAGCUGGGUGAACACCUGGAGAUAUCUAAGAAGGGUGUUCCUACGUCAGUGCUGGAUAAGUCUCCGGAGCUGAUCGUCCCUCAGGAGGUUCUCAACAAGCUUUUGACCCGAGACGAGCUCCUGACUCCACAGCAAUACCUCCAGAUGUACAACUCACCGUUAAACAUCAGCAUGGACUUUGGACGAGCCAGACGCAGCAGCCUCAACACAAUUUAAUGCUUCGGACAAAAGGUCAAAGAAUGUGUUUGGCCUUCACUAAACCACCUUGGGUCAUGUGACUGAAGACGUCCUCGCAGAGAGAAAUCACUGCGACAGUUUUAUACCAACAUUUAAUGACCUGAAGCAUCUUUCUGGGUUUUGUUGUUGCUUCUUUUUCUUCCAAAUGGCUUUAUAUAUAAAGCAUAUUUGAGUGAAAUAACAUUAAACACCACAUUUACAACAAAAGCACAGAAAAUCCAAGUAAUAUAAAAACAUUUUUAAUAGUUUUUCAACAUUCGGAUGAGGUUAAUUUUAUAUCUAUCUUACUGUACACUGUGUUCCACUGGGAGAUAGCAUUCAAGAAAAGGCAUUUCCUCUUUACUCCAAACUUUAAAGAGUCCACAGCGUCACGACAGUUUGACACAAAGAACUUCUUAAAAAGAUUCCUUGAUCACUUUUUGUGUUCCCUUUUUAUUUUUGGCCCCCAUUACUUGGAACUUAAGCAAAAAGAAAAGAUGAUUUUUGAAAGAUGUCCUUGCAAUGGCUGCAUGCACCACAGUGUACUCUACAAACAGAACGAUUAAAAACAAACCUGUAUGCGCCACGUUAUUUUCUUGUUUUGCUGUGUGAUUUCAGUGUAAAGUCACAGGAACUUUUCAUUGCAGUAUUCUGGGCACAAACAGUCUUCUCUCCCAUCGUGCUAGCUGAUUGAUUUCCUGACAGUGGUUCUGAGCCAGAUGUGCUUUUUCUUAUUUGCUAUAGAUAAAAAGGGGGUGAAACAUACUGAAUUAAUGGAA